GGAGAAGCUGGAGAGCUACUGAUAAGAUAAUCUUUGCUGUGUGUGAAAUUGAUGUAGAAGAAGAGAAACCGGGUUUGUUUCGAUUUAUUUGCAUUAUUUAGGCUGUCCAAUUUGCAAUGGCAGAGUUGUUGCACCAUAAUUCUCUAAGCAAAUUUACGUUUAGUUCGAUCAAGAAAGGAAGAACAACCAAAAGAAUUCAGAAACUCAGCUGGAGGCCAGUUCAGGGUGUGCUAACUGAAGAUAACCGACAGGCCGUGGUUAAGAAUGGCAAGGAUUCGCUAGAAAUAUGUCGGGUUGUUAAUGGGAUGUGGCAGACGAGCGGUGGCUGGGGUCAAAUUGAUAGAGACAAUGCAGUUGAUGCUAUGCUUAAAUAUGCUGAUGCUGGACUCAUCACUUUUGAUAUGGCAGAUAUAUAUGGACCGGCUGAAGAUCUAUAUGGCAUCUUUAUCAAUCGAGUUCGUCAGGAGCGUCCACCAGAGUACUUGGAAAAGGUCAGAGGUCUUACGAAAUGGGUGCCACCGCCUGUUAAGAUGACAAGUAGUUUUGUAAGGGACAGUAUUAAUGUUUCACGAAAGAGAAUGGACGUGGCUUCCUUGGACAUGCUUCAGUUUCAUUGGUGGGAUUAUGCAAAUACUGGUUACCUUGAUGCACUAAAACACCUUACAGAUUUGAAAGAAGAAGGUAAAAUUAAGACAGUCGCCUUGACAAAUUUCGAUACAGAGAGGCUACAGAUAAUCCUAGAAAAUGAGAUUCCUGUUGUAAGCAAUCAGGUCCAGCAUUCCAUUGUCGAUAUGCGUCCUCAACAGAAAAUGGCAGAGCUUUGUCAGCUCACUGGAGUCAAACUUAUAACGUAUGGGACAGUAAUGGGCGGUCUAUUAUCUGAAAAGUUCCUCGAUACCAACUUGAACAUUCCUUUUGCCGGGCCUCCAUUAAACACUCCCUCCCUCCAAAAGUACAAACGAAUGGUUGAUGCCUGGGGAGGUUGGAGUCUUUUCCAAGCUCUUCUACAGACACUCAAAGGCAUCGCUACUAAACACGGAGUCUCCAUUGCUAAUGUUGCGGUGAAAUACGUUCUAGAUCAGCAAGCAGUUGCAGGAUCAAUGGUAGGUGUUAGACUCGGGCUGUCGGAACACAUCCAAGACUGCAAUGCUGUGUUCUCACUUGCUCUCGAUGAGGAAGAUGUAAACAGCAUAAAAGAAGUCACAAAGAAAGGGAAGAAUCUCCUUAAAGUGAUUGGGGACUGUGGAGAUGAAUACCGGCGUUGAUGAGAUUAUACAAAUUAUACUCCAAUCGUCCCGUCAGACUUUUCGUUACGUAAGUGGGAGCGAAACGACAUUUUUCGUGUAUUAGAAGAGUAUCACUACAUUGGUAUAGAAUUACCAUGACACAGUAAUAUGUAACUGUCAAAGGUUUGUGAACUAUUUUCCAAUCACUUUAAGCCAAAAAUUCAACUUUUCAACACUGUAAAAAGGGUCUGUAAUUUGAAAUCUUUUGACAAGAGCAGCACUAAGGGCUCAAGCUGUCUCGUUUGGGGGCAUCUUUAGACCCCAACCAUAUCC